AUGGCCGUAACGGAGUUCGCCCUCAUCCAGUUCAAGGAGCCGCUGACCGAGGAGUUCAAGGAGCUCAUGGACUACUGCCAGACGGUCCAGGACACCUGGGUGCUGCGCCAGAAGCCGGGCCUCCCGCCGACCCGGAUAGACCGCGGCACCGCCAUCCUCCAGCAGGUCGAGGACCCGAGCGUGAUCCUACUGGCGGCGCAGUGGGACUCGCCACAGGCGCACGGCGAAUGGAUCGCCUCGCCCGAGAACCAGAACGUCAUGGCCAAGCUGACGCCGCACAUCCACGUCGAAGGCCCCCGGAGUGUCUUGUUCUUUCACAUUGAUGCGCCCAUCUUUGCGAAGCCCGUCACCCAGGCGGGCGCGGCUGAUGGUGAGCCUGCGGGCCGUGACGCCACGCCGGAGGCGGCGAAUGAGGCAGAUGCCGACGGAAAGCUGGCGGGCGCAGAGCUGGAUUCGCAGUCAAAGGGCAAGCAGCCAGAGGCUGUCGCGGAGGCACCAGAGGGAGAGAGCAGAGCCGAGGGGAAGAAGAAGACGGAGGACGAACCCCCCUCGCUACUGACGGCGCCAGUGCUCAGCGUCGGGCGCUUCGGCGUCCGGUCCGAGAAAAAAGACGAGUUCAUCAGCAAGUACGCUGCGGCCAAGUGGGUCGUUGAGGAAGCCUCAAAGCCGUACCCCGUCCGCGGUGGGUGGCGGAUCGAAAAGGCGGCCGAGGACCUCGAGGAGUUUGUCAUGUACUGCGGGUGGUCGACGGUCGAGCAGCAUAAGGCGAUCGCGGAGCACGAGGGGUUCAAGGAGUGGGCAGGCAUCCAGGAAUUCGUAACGGGGACUGACAUCUGGCAUUACCAGCGCAUCAUGUAG